UUUUAUCACCCAUCCACGCAUCCCAAUGUGCAGAGAGAGAGAGAGAGGUUCCGAGCGCAGUGUACAUUGUAAAUCUAGGAAGUAAGUCCUGAUACCCAAAACGAAUCUGCUUUUCAAGAUCUCUGUCCAGUUUACCUUUCGCUCGUAGGCAAGUCGCCAGGUGCGAACUGACCUGAGCUGCUGAGCAUACGACUUUCUAAGAUUGAAAGUUGUUAGGGAUGGUUUAGAAAAUAGAAGCCAAGCCCUAGUGUGCUAUCAGCUAGAUCUGUCAAUCCAUGGCCUCCCACUGACAUAACCUUCUCCGAAAAUGACAGCAACGUUUCGGAAUGCUCUUUCCCUAGUUGUGGUGCAUUGGUUACUUGGAGUGCUCCCAUGUACAGCGGCAUUCACAGACAAUUCAGACUGGACAAGGUGCGCCAAUAGCACGUACGAAUAUCAGUUCGUGCCAGCAACUCUUCGGACAUUCAACGAUUCGGUAUUGUACUGCCAGAACAAGUUUCCCGGCAGCCACCUAGCCAUUCCCCGCAAUGCCGUCGAGGACCGGUGCAUCUUUGAAUCAAAACCUUUGCGAACAAUAUGGAUAGGAGUACGACAAAUUCGAGGGAUUUGGACCGACUUGGAGAAGAACAAGGAGAUAUCCUACGCCAAUUGGCUGCCCGGGCAACCAGAUCAUGCCCACUGUAAAUGUGUUACAAUGUGGUAUCAUCUUCCUUAUAGUUCAGGAGUGCAAUGGGACAACUGGAACUGCGACACCGUGGCCUAUUUCGUAUGUCAGAGGACAGUGAAUGUAACCUGUGCGGCACGUAGCAACAAUAGUCUAGUCAACGGAUACACAAGUCAUUACAGCGUGCUCUACCCUGGCAAUAUCACAUACCAAUGUAAUCCGGGAUACUACAUCUCUGGACAGACUAAUCAGAGUAUCACCAGUCACACAUCACUGUGUCUCAUCAGUGGACACUGGUCUACUCCAGAGCCAACAUGUGCUUCAAAGGACACAUCAACCCAUACCUACAACAAAGUCGCAAUAGCUUCAGCUAUUCUUCUUCCGAUUAUCUUCCUAGUCCUAUUGCCUUCAUUGCGCGGAAGGAAACACCUUGCACACAGCCAUACCAACAAUAUCCUUAAAGUUGCGCACAUUGAUGCGGGCCCAAACCAAAAUCAUCGGUCCGCGCAAAACACGGAGGAUGUGGACGAAAUGCUGGAGCACAGAAAGCGUGAGAAUAACGUCUUGCUGAGCCAGGUCAGCGAGGAGAGCGGUGGAGACUUACGACACGUCAUAACUACAAUGAUCCCCGCCCUCAGUGAGCACCCGUUCCAAGCACACCGUAUUGGGAAAACGCCUUCCUCAAACACGUCAGUGACAUCAGGAUCUCCUCGCCUCGUCCGUAUUCGGACGUCACGAGCCGGGAAGGAUUUGAUAUGGAGGAAUUCCAAAUCUCUGCAACACCAGAAUCGAAAGGUGUUCUGCAUGCAGGACCUGACGCCUCGAGAGCAGGAUUCUAAGAAGGCGUGCAUGCCAACAUUCAAGGCACUCCGGGCUGCCAAGAUACCAUGCUCACUGCAUAGGGGCUCAAUAACCUUGAAGAAUGAAGGAAUGGUGAUGGAGCGGACAUCAGGCGGCACUUCACGGUUUCAACCAACUACCCCCGCCCUGCGUGAAACAAAUGAUCCCAAGGUCGCAAGGCAAAGUGGUCUCAACACUCCAGCUAUCACCGGUAUUGUUGCCGGUAGUCUUCUGCUUUUCGGCUUACUGUCGCUUCUACUCGUACGGGUUGUGUGGCGUGGGAAACAACGGCGACAAUCAAGAGCAGUGGUGAGGCAAGAACAAAAUGACAGUAGUCACAGCAGUUCACCAGAGCAGGUUUCCGUUCCUAGGAUUUCGCCGACUGAUCUCACUGUACACUCUGGCCAAUAUAAUGACGGUGCGGGUUCGCCAUGGGGACACAUCACUGUCAACGUGCCUCCAGGUACCGGCAGCGCAGGCGGUAAAGUCUGCAUAGAGUUCUCCUCCUCAUCAUCAUCAUGCAGCAAUAACAAGAUUGACAGAGAUCACGUCAACACUCCGUCCACGGCCAAACACAGCCCCUUUCAAGACACCAAUUCCAAUCCUGCGUGCUAUACAUUACGUCAUGUACGUGAUAUGCGUAACGAGGAGCAAGAGGGCUGGUAACGUUCAGGGCUUGUUAUGCCAGUACAUGUAACAAAGGUACUACUUCAUUGUAUCGUUUUUGAAGACCAACGACGGUACGUAAGUCGUUGCGUAUCCUGUCACGACAGCUUCAGACAAGUAUCGUGUAUGGGAUAAGACCAUACAGUGCUCCAUACCUCGUAUUUUUGCCUACUCUUAUUUCAACCAUCAUUCACACAACUCUCAUGACUUCUGCUUCCUGUCUACACACACCUCCUUUGUGCUGAUCGUCACCAGUCAAUCACUCAAGCAUGCCAUGAAUCAUGUUGUUCCAAUAACUCCGCGACUAUCCUUUCACCACAAACAAGACCAGGAGACAUUUUAGAGCAGUUUAUAUAAUUGUACCAUUUGUGCAAGAUUCACCAUUCAAUUGCACCCAUGAGACGACAGGAGUUGAGACAAACUCACUCAAAAAAUCCUCCCAGGUCUCCAUUGCUUGUGCAUGAUUUCUUCUUGAUUUCCUC